AGAAAGCCAAGUUGAACUACGCCAGCAAAUCGACAGCUUAGCUGGAGAUUUGCUGGUAAUAUCCAGUAGCCAGACUAUAUCGGUGGACUUGGAAUCAUAUGUGAAAAAGUUGAACAAUUCAAGAAGGCGUGUUAUGUUAGUCAAUAAUAUUUUACAAAAUGUUCAGGAGAGAUUGACCAAAUUAUAUAACAAUGUUUCUCGUGAGACUGCUAGACGGAAAGUAUUACUAGAUCCACCAGGGGCAGGCAGACCAAAAUAAGCCAUUGAACGCCAUUAUUCCAUGCUUAUAAUAUGUGAUAUUCAUUCCAUGAAACUAUUUAUCAAUGUGCAAAUUAUUUAUUCACCUGCAAGAAGGACCAGCCUUUUGUGUUGAAUCCUGUUCUAGGGAAUGAUAAUUAAUUUGAUAAUCUGAAGAUAAUGAUACGCUGAUGUGAUUUUAGGGGAUUAUAUGAUUGUAUGAUUAAGGUGAUGAUAUUGGUAGUGUUGAUAAAGAAGUCACAAAUAAUAUUUUAGGGUUGUAAUGCAAUUAAAUGUAUUAUGUGAUAAUAAGAUGGUAUGUUUAGGGUUAUAAUUGAAUUGUGUACUAUAGGGGAUAAUUUUAUAUAUUGUUGAUAAAAGAAAUCACAAAUUAUCAUUAAGGGGGUGGGGGUUAAGAUAUUGUAUACUUAAGGAGUUGUUAAGAUUGUAUAUUCCAUGUGAUAAUUAUGGUAUUGUUAAAUAAUUACAAAUCAUGAUUUUAGAGGAUAAUGAAAGUGAAUGCUCUAGUGAUAAUAAAAUCAUGAUAAGUGAUAAUAAUAUUUUUGUAAUUUCAGGCCACAAUGAGAUGGCAUAUUUAGAUGAUAAGAUUAUUUUUUUUAAUUAUUACCAUAUAAUAAUAAUAACAUUCAAUCAUUUUUGGUUAUAUUUGUAAUUGUGGGCUAAGCAUCAGUUUUAUGACACAUAUUAAAAAAUAAUGCUAUUUUAUAAUUAACUUGUGGUGAAUCAUUAUUAUUUCAUAAAUAAUUUGUGACUAAUAAAUGAUAUUAUAUAAAUCACUUGUGUUAAUUCAAUGUUAUUUUAUAAAUAACUUGUGGCGAACUAUUAUGUUUAUGUAUAAAUAACUUGUGGCAAAUCAUUAUGCUAUUCUAUAAAUAACUUGUGGUGAAUCAUUAUGUUUUUGUAUAAAUAACUUGUGGCGAAUCAUUAUGUUAAUCUAUAAAUAACUUGUGUUGAAUCAUCAUGUUAUUCCUAUAAAUAACUUGUGGCAAUUCAUCAUGUAAUUUUGUAAAUAAGUUGUGGUGAAUCAUUAUGCUAUUCUAUAAAUACUUGUGGCGAUUCAUCAUGUUACUCUAUAAAUCAGUUGUUGCAAAUCAUUAUGUUAUCCUAUAAAUAACUUGUGGCGAUUCAUCAUGUUACUCUAUAAUUAACUUGUGGCGAAUCAUCAUGUUAUUCUAUAAAUAAGUUGUUGCAAAUCAUCAUGUUAUUCUAUAAAUAACUUGUGCCGAAUCAGUAUGUUAUUCUAUAAAUAACUUGUGGGGGUCGUUAUGUUUUUUGUAUAAAUAACUUGUGGCGAAUCAUUAUGUUAUUCUAUAAAUAUCUUGCGGCGAUUCAUCAUGUUAUUCUAUAAAAAACUUGUGGCAAAUCAUUUUUUUAUUCUAUAAAUAACUUGUUGCAAAUCAUCAUGUUAAUCUAUAAAUCAGUCUUUGUGAAAUAAUGUUAUUUUUAAAAUCAUUUGCGGUGAAUCAGUGUUGUAUUUAAUGAAUAAUCUUUUUAAAAAUCACUUGUGGUAAAUAGAAAAUAACCAGUAAUUGUGUAUACAGAUUUUUGUGCAAAUAACCAACCACACAUUCUUACAUAUUGUUAAGAUAAUUUGAGUAAAUGUUUAAGAUUUAUUGAAAGCGAAAAAAUAAAUAUUGUAUUACUGUGAAAUUAAAAAGUUAAAUCCUUAAUACUUAAUUGAUUGUGUGUAUUUCUGUGUAUGUUGAAUUAAGGUUCACUGUAAUACCUUACUAGUUUUGUGUAUUACUGUGAAAUUAAAA